AUGCUGCAGAGCCCGCCGCGCCCCCGGCCCGGCCCGCCGCCCUCCAAGACCCCCUUCCACAUCGAAGCGCUCCUCGCCCGGGACCCGCCGCGCCGCGGCCCCGCCGCCUCCAUCCCGUCCAUCACCUCCAUCCCGUCCAUCGCCUCCAUCCCGUCCAUCGCCUCCAUCCCGUCCAUCCCCUCCAUCCCGUCCAUCCCGCCGCCCCCGCGCUGGCCCGCGGCGGGACCCGCUCCGGGAGCAGGAGCCGGCCCGGGAGCGGGGCUGGGGCCGCUGCCCGGCGGGUGGGGCUGGGGCUGGGGCUGGGGAGGUGCAGGUCAGGACAGGGCAGGGACAUCCCUGCUUUUUUUGGUGCUACUUUCCCCUGGCUCUUGUGACGAAAACCCCUUCAAUUUUCGCUGCUUUCUCGCAGGUCUGGAGUUGUCUCACUGUGUCGGGACCAACUCUCUGGGUCCUGUCGGGCCUUGGAGGCUGGGGGGGCCCUGCAAGAUGAAGAGGGUCCGCACUGUCUUCAAGCCAGAGCAGCUGGAGCGGCUGGAGCAGGAGUUCCUCAAGCAGCAGUACAUGGUGGGCACGGAGCGAGUGGACCUGGCUGCGACUCUGCACCUCACGGAGACUCAGGUGAAAGUCUGGUUCCAGAACCGGAGGAUCAAGUGGAGGAAGCAGAGCAUGGAGCAGAAGGCGGCAAAGCUGUCCCAGUUUGGGGUGAUCCAGCCUGCGACCGCCGACUCCACGGACAUCAAGGACCACGAGAAGGACACCGUGGACGUGGAGCUUUGA